AUGAAUCAGACAAUAAAUGUGGAUCAACUCAACUCUGCAUUAACAUCGCUUAGAACGCUACGAUCUAGUGUAAGCCAUGUCUUUGAAACGCUUUCAAACGGUCUUCGAGCUGAUCACGGUGAAGAUGGUAAAGACAAAUUUCUAUCCGAGCUCCAAGAACUUCUCAAUAAUGUUAAUAUAAAUGUCCGAGAUUUAGAACAAACUGUAAACAGCUUGCCAAUACCUACCGCACCUUUUAAUUUAGGCAACACGACAUUUUUAAGUCAAGACACGACGCAAGAUCGGCAAGCAUUGUAUACUCAAUUGGUCAAUAGUUACAAAUGGACAGACAAAAUACAUGAGUACAGUUCUUUCGCAUACACAUUAUUAAAUCAAAACUCUCUUAAAAGAUCAAAUAUCAACUCGGCCACAAAAAGAAGAGGGAAAAUGCAAAGUAAUCACAAUGUUGCUCCCUUACAAGUGGACAAUGUAAUAAAUAAUAUUGGUAGAUCGUACAACGACAUGAAAAUAACUAUAUCACGUCCAUUUGCCAGCAAUGCUGUUGUGCAAAUUAAUUUAAGCCAUGUCCUUAAAGCAGUAGUAGCUUUUAAAGGACUCCUGAUGGAGUGGGUGAUGGUAAAGGGCUAUGGAGAAACCUUAGAUUUAUGGACAGAAUCAAGGCAUAAUGUUUUUCGUAAAGUAACUGAAAAUGCCCAUGCAGCUAUGUUACAUUUUUACUCUCCAAUGAUACCAGAGUUAGCAGUUCGCUCUUUUAUGACUUGGCUGCAUAGUUAUGUAAACUUGUUUAGUGAUCCAUGUAAGAGAUGCGGGUGCCAUCUUCACCACACAUCAAUGCUUCCCCCUGCAUGGCGUGAUUUUCGCUCACUUGAACCAUUCCAUGAUGAAUGCAAACAAUAG